UUCAUGCAGUUGAAGAAGUGUUGCGAUGAUAAUUUUACCGCUCAUUUAAGAAGAGUAUACAUUUCAUCUGAAUUUACAGAUGCACCGAGUUACUUCGUGAAAAGGUUUAACUUGUUUCUUUCAGGUAAAACAGCAGGCGAGUCCAAAUCAGACAUGCAGACAGAGAACGAGGAAGAGGAAGAUGCAUCUGUUGAAGAGUAUGUUGCCCUGACCAAUUACACUGGAAGUGGCAGCGACCAACUUAGUUUCAGCAGCGGGGACACACUGCUCGUGCACUCCAAGCCUUCAUCAGAGUGGUGGUGGGCAGAGCUGAAGGGAGACAUAGGUUAUGUCCCUGCCAGCUACCUGCGCCAGGAUGCUGCUGCUGCUGCUGCUGAGGAGGAGGAAGAGGAGGACGAGGACCCAUGGCAAGAUGAAGAAUACUUUGGCAGUUAUGGAAAACUGAGGCUUCACUUGGAGAUGUUGUCAGAUAAGAGCCGCACUGAGGCGUACCGGCAGGUUAUUCUCAGCAACAGCGCUUCUCUGAGGAAUAAAGUGGUGAUAGACCUCGGCUGUGGAACUGGCAUCAUCAGCCUGUUCUGCGCUCAGCUGGCACAACCCUCAGAGGUGUUUGCUGUGGAGGCAAGCUCUAUGGCAGAGUACACCAGACAGCUGGUGAAGCAGAACGGCUGUGAGGCGGUGGUCACGGUGCUCCAGGGACGAGCUGAGGAGAUCGAGCUACCUGAGCGGGUGGACGUCCUGGUGUCUGAGUGGAUGGGAAACUGUCUGCUGUUUGAGUUCAUGGUGGAGUCAGUUCUGGUGGCGAGGGACCGCUGGCUUAAGGAAGGCGGCGUCAUGUGGCCCUCAUCCGCCACCCUCACCUUGGUGCCGUGUCAGGCCAACAGCUAUUAUGCAGAGAAGAUGGCCUUCUGGGAGCAGCCCUAUGGCCUGGACUUCACUCCUCUACAAAUCAAUCCAUGGUGUUACAGGCCCUUGGCACAGCAGGAGUUCUUCACCAAGCCAAAGUUCAGUCACCUCAUUGAACCCGAUGACUGCCUCACCACUCCCUGUGAUGUUCUGUGCCUGGACAUGUACACUCUGCAAGUCAAAGACCUGGAGGUGCUUUGGGUUUUUCUAUUUAUUAGGAAUGGCUCCACCCCACACACGUUGGUUAUGGUGACUAAUAUAGCCCUGUGUUUCAUUUCUCAGGAAAUAAAGGGCCAGUUUCAUUUUUGUUUGGAAAAGUCUGGUGUUUUUCAUGGAUUCACUGCCUGGUUCACUGUUCAUUUCGAGAGCCUGGAGACUGGAGGUGCAACAGUGGAGCUAAACACCGGACCGAACUCUGAGCCAACGCACUGGAAGCAGACACUGUUCAUGCUGGACCGGCCAGUUAGUGUCUUUGCUGGAGACUCCAUCAGUGGAAACAUUCUCCUGCGCAGGAACUCCGUCUGGAGACGCCACAUGACCGUUACCCUGCACUGGAGCAUUAACAGCAGCACAGAGGAAACAGACACCACCCAGGUUGGGACAAAGAGUUUCCCCAUGUGGAGGUGACAGAUUCUCCGUAGCGGUGGAGAUCCACAGGAACAGUCUUAUACAUCUUCUGUUGAGUUUAGGGUCAGUGAUGUAUCAGCCAUGAGCCGCUGCUGACCUGGAAUGAAGGUGUGACGGUCAAAGGAGCCUCAUCUGACCGGACGUGUAGUCCUACACUGUUAAGCCUGAACUACAGGCCCAGGGGAUACAGCACACCAUGAAACAUGGUAUAAGGGUAGAUUAACAAAGAAGUAGUCCCAUGCUAAGAAGGAACUAUGGAGCAUUACUGUAACUUUGACUUGAAUGCUCAUUGGGCUAGGUGGAAAAAGAGGCUUUAAAAGAAGACGAUGCUUGAUAACCAAAACUGCAAAUUGUUUUGAACAGAUAUUUGUGGUCUCAAGCUGCAACAACAGAAACGCUUUUUUGUUAAUUUUUUAUCUUAUGUGCAUAUUGUUUUACAAUAGGCAUUUCAUUUACAUGGUUUGUAAUUUGUUUAAGUCCUAUACAUGCCAAAAGGCUUGUAUGGGUUUAAGAAAACAAUAAAAUAACCAUGAAUUAUAAUGGUUUGAGAUAUACCCUUUUCUAUAUUUAAAGAUUAGAGUGAACAAUGUACACCACUGAAAUGUUAGUUCCAAGUUUUAAUUUAGCCUUAUGAGCUAUAUAGGCAUUAAAAACAUGGCACUUACAGUUAUAAAAUAAGGUUACUUAUUCCAAAUAAAAUAACAAAAAAAUGUAAACUCAUGUUGAUAUAAAUCACAUAAUAGUAUUUUAAAAGUUAUAGAAUUACAAAUGUGCUCUUUGUCCCUUUCUCUGAUCAUGUGUGAUCAUGUACAUUUUCAUUAGUUGUGUUGGUUUCGGAUUAAAAAGAAUGAAUGACAUCAA